UUCUUCUUAAUUUGUUAAUAAAAGAGGCAACAAUUCGACUUUAAGAUAAAUCUAAAAAUUUAUUAAUAAAUAUUUUACGUGUUAAGUAAUUAAUAAUGAGCCGAGAAGUGCUUGCCCCACCUCUACAGCGUAUGGGCAAUAAUCGUUGUUAUCGCGUGAACAUAAUACAUGAAGACUUUGGUAACCAACAAGCAGUCAUGCAGCGCAAGCAGACCCAUCCAGGAGAACAGAAAUCAGCCAACGCUUAUGUGGAGCAGGACCUAUAUGACGAAGAUGAUGAUGAUGAACAAGAAGAGGGCGGAAAUUUUUCAAUAGAAGAAUUGCCAAACGGCUAUUACAAGCUGACUAUGCAUGUGGCUCAGAGCUUUUAUGGUGGUUUAAUCGGCUUCAAAGGCAGCACAAAGCGGCGCAUCGAAUCAGAAACCUUAACCGAUAUUUAUGUACCACGCAGUCGAGAGGGUGGGCAGAAACAAGCUGAGGAUGUUAGUGUAAAAGGCAAAAGUCGCAGUAACGUCAUGGCGGCACGUAGAAAAAUUAAUUUGUUACUGCUUUCACUGCGCAAACGUAUGCGACCAACUCACUUUACUUGUGUACCGUUACAUGAAGGCGAAAUAAAAGAAAAAUUCAUCAAUUUUAAGAAAGAUGUAUUGGCACUUAAUUUACCAGGCAUUGAUGAAAAUAUUUUCCAAACCGAAGAUUGUAUACAUUUAACGCUUACCACUUGCGUAUUGCUAGACGCAGCUGAACGUGCCAAAGCUGUAGAAAUUCUACAAAGUUGCCGAACAUUCCUUGAUGGCCUAAAAACACCUUUCCAAAUAGAGAUACGUGGCUUGGAGAUUAUGAAUGAUGAUCCCAGUGCUGUGCGUGUUUUGUAUGCUUGCGUUGUAGCGCCGGAAUUACAAAAGUUUGCCGAUAUGGCGAUGCAGCCAUUUUUACGCAGCGGCUUAGGUUUCGACGAUCACGAACGAGGUGCAGUGAAGCUGCACAUGACCGUUAUGAAUAACCGUUAUCGCAAACAACUCGAUGCCAAAUCGGCACCGACUUUUGAUGCCAGGGAAAUUCUCAAACGUUUUGGUGACUAUAAUUUUGGCAAAGUGGAAUGUAACGAGUUGCAUUUGUGUGUAAUGCAUCAUGCAUCGGGCGAUGAACAUGGUACUUUUUACAAAAUCACUGGUAGUUUAAAAUUUUGAAGGAGUCUACUGAUAAAAAGCUACUUAUAAUUGAAUUAUAUUAAAUAUAAUUGUAUUUUCUUACUUGUAGUGGAGAUGGAAAUAUCUUAGUUAAAGAAUAAAUAAAAAUAAAAGAAAUUAAUAAAUUUCCCCCAA